UGCACUUUGUGACUUCCUUUUGCAACUUCAUUGGCGAUAUGGGUCCCAAACCAGCGCCAGCAGCCCAAGUGGCUAAGAAAAAGGUCAAGAAACCAACAUAUGUUGAGAAAAAGAUUGGUGGAGACAAAAAUGGAGGAAGUCGACGUGUGGCCAUCACCAGAUAUCCCCGUUACUACCCAACAGAAGAUAAGUCUCGUGACCUGAAACACAAACAGAAGGCAUUCAGAAACCAUAAACACAAGCUGAGGAGCACCAUCUCCCCCGGCACUGUGCUCAUCAUUGUCGCUGGCAGACAAAAGGGAAAGCGCGUUGUUUUCCUGAAGCAGUUGAACUCCGGAUUGCUUCUUGUUACUGGCCCUUACCAGCUGAACAACUGCCCUCUUCGUCGCAUCAACCAGAUCUAUGUGAUCGCCACAAAGACCAAGUUGGACAUCAAGGGUGUGAAGCUGCCCGACAGACUCAAUGAUGAUUAUUUCCGAAGAUCUAAGCAGCGAAAGGCCAAGCAGACCGAGGGAGAAAUAUUUGACACUAAGAAAGAGAGGUACCAAGUGUCCGAGCAGCGCAAGGCUGACCAGAAGGAGGUGGACAAGCAGCUGCUGGACGUCAUCAGGAAGAACUCUGAGAAGAAGCUCCUUUUUGGAUACCUCGGCUCCAUGUUCUCACUCCGCACCAAGGAGUUCCCACACAGGAUGGCCUUCUAAUUGUACAGACUUAUUGGACACAUUAAACUUGGGAACCCUA